UCAAAUGAAAAAUUUUCGAAAAAAAAAGAAUUGAGAAAUUGAUUUUUUUUUGGUGAAAAAAAAACACAAUUUGUCAUCAUGUUUCCAUCAAGUGAUUUUCUUUCAUCCACCAUCAUAUUCUCGGCUAUUGGUCCAAAUAUUCAUCAUCAUCAUCAAAAUAAUUAUUAUAAUCGUCGCCAUAGGCUUUAUAGUAGCUGUUUAUUAUUAUUAUAUCAUUCUUGUCAUCGAAUGUCAACCACACCAUCAUCAUCAUCAUCAUCAUCAUCAUCGAAUAAUACAAAACAACAACAACAACAAUAUCAUCAAUUAGCCUGUGAUCAUCAUAAUGGCCAUUUUAUUGAUCAUAAUAUUGAUUCUUCAAUACAUCAAACAGUGUUUAUGAAUAAGAUUUUUGAAAAAUUUAAUAAAAAAUUAUCACAUAUUUCAACCAUUAUGAUAAACAUAAUUAAAUUGAUAAUGAAAAUAAUUUAUUCACCAUCGAUGAUUUUAUUCAUAUUGAUUAUUAUUUCAUAUUGGCCAACAUUUUAUGCUGAACUUGUAUUUGAUGAUCGUCCAGCAAUCAUACAGAAUGAUGAUCUACGAUCAUCGAAAACAUCAUGGACACAGCUAUGGUUUAAUGAUUAUUGGGGUACACCAUUAAAAUCGACAUUAAGCCAUAAAAGUUAUCGUCCAUUAACGGUAUUAACAUUUCGUAUAAAUUAUAUCAUCCAUCAAUUACGACCAUUUGGUUAUCAUUUUGUCAAUAUUUUAUUACAUUAUUUUGUUACCAUUCUAUUCUAUCGGUUAUGUCAACGAUUUUAUCGAUUCACAUCUACGAGUUCCGUAUCCGGCAUCAAAUCAUCAUCAUCAUCAAUCUUACCGUCAUCCACAUCAUGGCUACAAUCAACACCAUUCAUAAUGGCCGCAUUGUUUGCCGUACAUCCUAUACACACUGAUUGUGUUUGUUCGAUAGUUGGCCGUGCUGAAUUAUUGUCGGCAAUAUUUUAUCUAUCAUCCAUACUAUUAUGGGAUUAUUCCGAAAAUUCAACAUCAACAAUUACAAGAACAUUGAAAUCUUUUACAAAUGAAUCGAAUUAUAAUCAAGAUGAAAAACAAUCACAAUUACUAUCAUCAUAUCGAUGGUGGUGUUUGUGGUCACAAUUACAAUUAUUUAUUGAUAAAUAUCAUCGAUUAUUAUCAAUAAUAAUGGCUUUAUUUGGAUUUCUUUGUAAAGAACAAGCAAUAUUUGUAUUGAUAUAUUUAGCUAUUAAUCAUUUAUUCAUCAAUAACAACAACAACAACAAUAAUGAUUAUGAUCAUCAUCAUCAUCAUGAUAAUAAGAUAAUUCGACAAAGAUAUCAACAACAACAACAACAACGACGACGAAAACAUCGAUCCAUUUUCACAUCAUUAUCCUCAUCGUCAUCAAUAAACUAUGGAUCAUCAUCAUUACCAUUGAUGAUUAUUAUGACCAGAACAAAAUUAAGAAUAAUCAUUAUAUUAGCGGCCGUGUUUAUAAUAGCAACGUAUAUACGUUUUAUAAUGAUGGACUAUUCGUUACCAAUAUUUAACAGAUUUGAUAAUCCAGCAUCACGUAUGCCGUGGCCAAGUCGUCAUCUAACAUAUGGUUAUCUGAUAUUAUAUCAUUAUUGGCUUAUGUUUUAUCCACAACAUUUAAGCUGUGAUUGGACACAUUCAUCAUUGAAUCUUAUUGAUUAUCAAUCAAAAUCUAAUAGAGAUAAUAAUGAUCAAUACCUUUAUUAUCGUAUCAUGAUGGUUAUUGUUUGUUUUACAACAAUCAUUGUUUAUGUUUACAAAUGGAUUCUAUUGAUACUUCGGCAGCAAAAACAACAACAACAACAACGAUAUAGAUAUCGGAAUAUGUUGAAAGCAUCACAUCAUUCUAUCAUUAAUGAUAACAUCAACAACAAAAAUAACAAUGAUGGUAAAAUAUUUGACAAUCAAUUCUAUAUGAAUGAUGGUAAUGGUCACCAUAACAAUCAACAAUAUGAAAAUCAAUCGAUGAUGACAAUGAUGACUAUGAUAUUAUUAUCAUUAUCAUUAACAAUAAUACCAUUCAUACCCGUAUCGAAUAUAUUGUUUCCGGUUGGAUUUGUAUUGGCCGAACGUAUACUUUAUCUACCAUCGAUUGGUUUCCUAUUAUUAUUCGGUUUCGGUAUCGAUUAUUUAUUAUUAUUUUAUAAUACAUUUCCAUUUCCAUUGCCAUCAUCAUCAUUGUUGUCAUCGUUAUUUUCGUUGUACAAACGACGACAAACAUCAUCAACGAGAUGUGACCAUAAUGUUGUUGUCGGUAAAGAAGGAGAAGGAACCUAUUGUCAUCAACAACCUUGUCAUAAAUCUUCGGCUUGUAAUGUUGAUAGUACUACAUCACAUUUUUAUCACACAUCGUUGUCUUCCUUUGUUACGAAUAAUGAAAAUCGAAAUGUAAAAUGGAAAAUUCAUCCAAUACAAAUCGCCACCAUUAUGUUAGUAGUUAUAUUUUCAGCUAAAACAUUUUUACGUUCAUUCGAUUGGACAAAUGAAUUCGCUCUCUAUGAAUCUGGUCUCAAAGUUAAUCCACGUAAUACAAAACUAUUGAAUAAUUUAGGACGUCUUUAUGAAACUACUACGGCUUCGACGAUGAAAGAAAAUUCAUCGGAAAUAGCAAUCGAAUUGUAUAGGAAAGCGAUUAGUAUUGAACCAUACGAUUUACGUAGCUAUUUGAAUCUUGGAAAUAUUUAUCACAAACAUUUCAAUGAUACACGAUUAGCCGAACAAAUCUAUCGACAAGCAUUAGAUCAAUUUGAUCAACAACAAUAUCUACAACCAUCAUCAUUGAUUGAAAUCGAUCGAUUAUCAUUAUCACCAUUAUAUCUAACCGUAUUGAUACGGUUAACAGAAUUAUUAUCAUUGGAUUCAACUAGACAAAAUGAUUUGAAAAUAAUACAGGAUAAAUUGAUUGAAACACAAUUUCUAUUUGAUCCAUUAUCACUAUUGGCGACAUCUAGUGAUCAAGAAUGUAAUCAUCGUCAUAAUAAUAAUGUAUUAUCAUCGAUCCAAUUGGAUCAAUUAUAUAAUUUAGGUGUGGUCCAUUAUCAACAAGGCCGGCUAAAAGAGGCGUUCAAUUAUUUUGAACGUGUAUUAUCUAUGAAUCCAAAUCAUGUGGAUACAUUGCUGACAUCAGCACGUAUUAUACAGGAUGAACAUUUGGACCAACUAAAACAUAUUGCCUAUGAUCGUUUCGAUCAUUUAAUACGUUUGGGAAAAGAUGAUGAGUCUAUAUAUUUUAAUCUGGCUACAUUGGCAAUCAAUAAUCAACAUUUUGCUCGAGCUAAACGUUUAUUUGAAAAAGCUAUUGCAAAACGUGAAUCAUUUGCCGAAGCACAUUAUAAUUUAGCAUUAUUAUUGGUGAAAGAAAUGAAUCCAACAACGCCCAACAUUGGUCAACAACAACAAUCAUUGGCACAAUUACAUGAAGCAAUCGAUCAUCUUCAACGAGUUUUGCUGAUCAAUCCAAAACAUAUGAAUUCAAUGUUUAUUUUAGCCGAAUUAUAUUCGGAAGAAUUACGACAAUAUGAUCGGGCUAGAUAUUAUUAUCAAUUGAUUUUAGAUCGUAUUGAUCGUAAUAAUAUACAAGCCAAACAUAAUCUAUGUGUAUUAUGGCAUAAACAGAAUAAUAUUGAUGAAUCGAUUCAUUGUUUUGAAGAUUUAUUACAAUAUCUAUCUUCGUCAUCAUCAUCAUCAUCAUCAUCGUCACAGAUAAUCGAUAAAUUAUCAAUAAAUUAUUGGCAAAUCAUACAGGAACAGAUUACAUAUCUAUGGAGAAUUAAAAAUCAAAUUAAUCAAACAACAACAAAAUCUAUUGAAACUGGUGAUUAUUCAACAACAACAAUUGUUGAUCAACAACAUUGUAAAAAUGUAUCGACUAAUUCAGAUAUGUUACGAAAUCAUCAGCAUUCAAGUCAUCAUAAUCAUCAUCAUCAUUAUGAAAAUUAUAUGUCAACAAUGGCCAAAAUGUGCUUUAUUUAAUUCAUUCAUUCAUAUUUAUUUAUUUAUUUUUUGCAAAAAUUGAAACAAUGAAAAGCCUGUAUAAUUUUGUUUUCUCCAUUUUUAUUUUGAUUGAUUCGAUUAAUUCCAAAAUCUGAAACGAUAUUUUUGUAAAAGAAAAGUUUUUAUUUUUUUUUGUCUCGAUUUAAAUGUGAUUUAUUUAUUAUUUGCAACAAUUAAUAAGAAUUUAAUAAGCAAUGAUGAUGAAUUUUUAA